AUGAACGAAAAUAAGAAAAACAGAGUCUUUUCAUUUUAAAUAAAAAAUACUUCAGGUGUACUAUCUGAAGUAUUAGAUAGCUAAUUAUCGACUACUAGAUUCUAAGGAAUUGAAUCAUCUCAUAAUUCAUUAAAGCCCAAUUUCUUUUUUUAAGAGAGUGAAUAAAUAUAAUCACCUAGAAUAUCAACUUAAAGAUCUCUUUCAAGACUUCAUAUAAAUUCUUUAAGUCCAAAGAACAGCUACAUUUAUUCAAGGAAAUCAAUAUUAACAGCAAUUAAUUCUCAGUUAGGAAUGUUGUAUCAUUUUGAAAAAUAAUAUGCUGAAUGUCUAAAAUCCAAUUAUCAAAUAGGUGUUAUUGAAAGUAAAAAACCAUGUUUCAUAAGGUUUAUUUAAUUUGAUGGUGAUUGCAGUUGAACAAGAUAAUAUUGAUUUACUGAUAACUUUUAUGCGUUUAUGUGCAUUAACAUUUAUUUCAUUUUAAGAAUGGACAAAAGCACUUCUAUUUUUCUAACAUUGUAAAUUUUUAAGUGAAUUUACUCGACAAUUAGAUGUGAUCUAAUGGACAUUUCUUUAAAUAGGAAUUUUAUGUAAAUAUAUCAAAAAAUAUGAUAUUGGAAAAAUAUUCAUUAAAAAAGUAAUUAAUAAAAAUAAUAAUACUUAGUCUUUAGAAUAUUCUUGGUUAAAUAAAGAUUUAGAUUAGGAAAUUAUUUGUUAUGAAGAAUUAGGCAAAUUAUGUUUUCUUAAUUAUGAAUUAUAAACAGCUAAAUCAUUACAUGAAAAAAGUAUGAAAGGAACUUUUGAAAAGGAAUAAUCUUCUUUAAGAUAAGUAUCUAAAAAAGGAAUGGAACAAAUCUUAAAUAUGUUUCCAAAUUAAGAAAAGAAAUUAGGUUUACAUAUAUUUUCUAAAGCUGUUAAUUUUCCAUUAAAAUUUGUUUAAUGUUAAAAUUAGUAAUAUUUUUAAAAAAGAUCAGUAAAAAAUUAAUAUUUGAUAUCUAAUGAUUUUGAAUGUAUACCAAAUUAAAGAAUUAUUGAAAUUGAUCUUACUUUAGAUGAUAUGUUAUAAUCAUUUUUAAAAGGAGUUAAUUUUUCAUUUGAAAUUCCAAUUCCUAUAUCAAUAACUGAAGAAUAUGAAAGUAUUGCUGAAUACAAUUCAAUGCCAUCAACAUAGAAAAUGAAAUAAACAUAAUUAGCAACAAUAAUUAAAUUACAUUCCUAAAAAGUAAGAACAACCAAAAAUAAAUCUCCUAUUAUUAGAUUAGAUUAAUCUUAAUAAAAACUUCCACUUGAAUAAAUAAUUAAAUAAAGAUUAGAAAUGAAAUUUGAUACUACCUAUACUCAUAGAGAAAAAAUAAGAAAUAGAAAAUUUGUUAACAAUUUAGAAUAAAUUAGAUUAACUCAUGAAAAAAAUAGUAUUACAUUAAGUUUAGAACAUUAAAAGAGAGAACUAAUCAGAUAUGCUUAAAAAUUACUAAAUUAAUAAUAAAUUACUUUCAUAUGA